AUGGGCAAAGCCAGGCACGCGGGUGCUGUCCUGCCCGGCAUGCAGACUUCCAGGAGCAAGCCCUGCUCCUGCCCCAGCUUCAAGCUGCGGGAAGUGGCAUCCAUGUAUUUCACCAUGAUCGCGGUGUUCCUGGUCAUCUUGGUGGUGGCCCUGCAGGGCUCAGUGCCCCGCAGGAAUGAUUUUCCCUACAAGGUACCCCUCGAUCCCCAGGGGCUGCUCGAGCUCUCCUGGAAUGUCAGUUAUCCCGAGCAAGCCGUGCAUUUCCAGCUCCUCGUCAGGGACCUGCAGUUCGGGCUCCUCUUUGGGAUGUCAGACAGGGGCGAGUUUGAGAACGCGGACCUGGCCGUGCUCUGGAGCGACGGGCGCAAUUCCUAUUUUGGGGAUGCCUGGAGCGAUGCCAAGGGGCAGCUCCACAUGGAUUCGCAGCAGGACUACCAGCUCCUCGGGGCUCGGAGGGCUCCUGAGGGUCUCUACCUCCUCUUCAGAAGAGCCUUCAGCACCUGUGACCCCAAGGACUACCUUAUAGAGGAUGGCACUGUGCACCUUAUCUACGGGAUCCUGGAGAAACCGGUCCAUUCCCUCCAAGCCAUCAACAUCUCUGCCAUCCACAGGGGACUGCAGAGGGUGCAGCUGCUAAAGCCCAACAUCACCGUCCCUGAACUGCCCAGCGACAUGAAGACGAUGGAGAUAACGGCCCCUGAUAUUGUCAUUCCCAGCCAGGAGACAACCUACUGGUGUUACAUGGCAAAGCUUGCAGAAGGCUUCCCCAAACAUCACAUUAUCAUGUAUGAGCCAGUGAUCACAGCAGGCAACGAGGCCCUGGUCCACCACAUGGAAGUCUUCCAGUGCGCUGCCGAAUUUGACAGCUUCCCCCAUUACAAUGGGCCCUGCGACUCCAAGAUGAAGCCAGACCGGCUCAACUACUGCAGGCACGUGCUUGCAGCAUGGGCCAUGGGAGCACAGGCUUUCUACUACCCAGAAGAAGCAGGUCUUGCCUUUGGUGGCCCGGGAACCUCCAGAUAUUUGCGCCUCGAGAUUCAUUACCACAAUCCCCUGGUGUUCAAAGGUCGCCGCGACUCCUCAGGGAUCCGUCUCUACUACACGGCCACCCUGCGACGCUACGAUGCCGGCAUCAUGGAGUUGGGCUUGGUCUACACGCCGGUGAUGGCCAUUCCUCCGGGUGAGGAUGCCUUCCUCCUCACGGGCUAUUGCACCGACAAAUGUACCCAGCUGGCUUUGCCCGCUGCCGGCAUCCGCAUCUUCGCCUCCCAGCUCCACACUCACCUGGCAGGAAGAAAAGUGGUGACGGUGCUGUCCCGGGAUGGGAGAGAGCGGCAGGUCGUGAAUGCCGACGGUCACUACAGCCCUCAUUUUCAGGAGAUCCGCAUGCUGAAGGAGGUGGUUGCAGUUUUUCCAGGGGACCAACCCAUACAGACCUGCACGUACAACACGGAGGACCGGAGCCGAGCCACGGUGGGCGGGUUUGGCAUCCUGGAGGAGAUGUGCGUGAACUACGUGCACUACUACCCCCAGACGCAGCUGGAGCUGUGCAAAAGCGCCGUGGAUCCAGGCUACCUGCAUCGAUAUUUCAACCUCGUGAACAGGUUUAACGACGAGGAGGUCUGCACGUGCCCACAGGUCUCCGUCCCACAGCAGUUUUUCUCCGUCCCCUGGAACACAUUCAACAGAGAUGUGCUAAAAUCCCUCUACGGCUUUGCUCCGAUCUCGAUGCACUGCAACAAAUCCUCAGCCGUCCGGUUCCCGGGCGAGUGGGAGAAGCAGCCGCUUCCCACCAUCACCGAGAGGCUGCGGGAGCCCAUCCCUCGCUGCCCACCCACCCCGGGGCCUCGGCCUGCAGCCCCCAUCCCCCUCAACCUGGGUGAGCUCAGGAGGGACUGA